CAGCUGUUCCAUCUCCUGUGCCUAAAUUAAAGAAUGAAGGAAGAGAUUGCUGCCACAGUUGUGUUUAUCACAAUGCUGGUCAAGAAGCACAGGAAGCUGAGCAAGCUGGAGACAGAAAGGUUUGCUGCCAAACUGACGAACGUUUUAUUUGCAAAAUAUAAAUCCCAUUGGUAUGAAGAGAAUCCAGCAAAAGGACAAGCUUUCAGGUAACGUUGAAAAGCGCCUUCUAAAGAGAUCACAUAAUGGAUCUCUGAAACACUUAAAUUUACCAUGAGAUUAACUUGAAAUAAAACUUCCCCUAUACUAUAGCUUUGAGCUGAGCCUCUUUCAGAUGUUCAAAUUGCAUAUUAAGUCUUCUGACUAUAGUGUUGCACCAGGGCCCUGCUCCAUAGUCUAUCAGUGACUGUCUGGACUAGACAUGUGUGGCAGGGGAGUUCAGUUUUGGUUUUCAAUGAUUCAGAAUUUCACUUAAUCUCAAUUGACCCCAAAUUCGCCCAACAUUCUUUAAAAUGCGGAUGUUGUUCCCCAUAGGGUGCUGUUUGGUGGAUGGCUCACAGAUUGGUACUCUGUUGGUUCCCCUACUUAAGAUACCAAAUUUGGGAUGCAGGGCAUGAAAAGUGCUGCCCUUGGUGAAUUUCUUAAAGCUGUUGUAGUGUUGGGCAGCAAUUAUUUAAGGAUUUAAAACUGGAGAAGACACAUUUAUAGAGGCAGGACCAUGACUUUCUUUAUACAAAAGUAGUGUCUACAAAGAGUUGUGUCCUCCUGAAGAAUAUAAUACUUUAUAUAUUUUUCAAAUGUACUAUGUGUGAAAAGUGCUACCAUACAAAGCUUUUUUGGUAUUUUUUUUUUUUACUUGCUGAGGCCAGCACUCUUCACAGCUUAAGCAAAAGAAUAAAUCUUUCCAAAACUUAUUUUGUAUUAAGUAGGGGAAACCCACAUCAGGGUACUAAAUUAAGGAGUGAUCUUCUAAACUGCCAAAAGUUCAAAAUAUAUUUUUUUGCUGAAGUCCCUCUUUUCUACUAUAUAAAUAUGAAAACUAAUGGAUCUGAACAUUUUUGGCUCUGUUCGUCAAAACAUUGCAGUAAUUGUCUGCUGCAGAAUUUACGUGUCUUGAAUUUCUAAAUUCAGAUUAAUUUCAGACAAUAAAAAAACCAAAAAAGACAACUUGAUGGGAUCCUACAUGUUUCAGGUAGCUUUGAGGGGAUGUUUUACCUUCUGUUCAUCCUUCCCAUCUUGGACUCUUGGCAAGAGUUACUCCUGGCAACAUGACUAAAGUAACUUGAGUUUUUGGCUGGCUUAUGGUAAAUGUGCACUUGUACCAUAACCGCAAAAGAUAAAAAUGACAGCACAGCCCCCCAGUCUUCCCUAACCUUUCUCCCUCCCCUGCAGUGGGGGGAGUAACAUCAGUGGAGCAGGAUUGGGCUGGCAGAAAAACCUGUUUUGGGCUUCUAACACACUUAAACCCUUACACCCUCGGUUAUAUAGGUCUAACUAGGAGUGUGGGAAGAUGACACUGCUUGCUUGAAACACAAAUGCUUUGCUGAUCUCUCUUUAUUCAAAGCAGUCAGUGCACAGCUGUAAAACUUAAAUCCAGGCAUACUGAACUAUAGCAAGAUGGGUUAAUGUGAUCAAUAUACUAUUCUUAAUUCUUUUUCCAGAUGCAUAAGGAUAAAUAUGUUCCAAUCCAACGACACCGUAUUGCAACAAGCAUGUCGGGACAGUGAUGUGGACUUCAGUGACCUUGGUCUGCCAAAAGAAAUGACUAUCUGGGUAGAUCCAUUUGAAGUGUGCUGCAGGUAUUUUAUAGAUACACAAUAUGGCUUGACUGCAACAGCUGGUUCUUGUGUUUAAUCUCCAUCUAACACUUCUUAACUUGUGCUACAGAUAUGGAGAGAAAAAUAGCCCCUUUACAAUAGCCAGCUUUAAAGGUAAAGAAGACCCUUAUGUGUCAAAGCGCAUUAGCAGUGCUGUUGAAAAGGCAACAUCUGAUUAUCACUCUGGAACAUCUUCUGAUGAAGAGACUAGCAAGGAACCAAAGACCAUUCCUACUGUCAGCAAUCCAAACAGUAUUUAUCAGGUAAAACAAAUCUGUCCAAUGUAAUUGAGGAAAUGCUACACACUUGCCUUUUGUAUCUCAUGUUUGGCAUUGGCAAGUAAUAUUUUAAAAAGCCACAAAGUAUAAAUUUUCCCUCUUGGCAUUUGAUCUGUGGUCCAGUGACUGGUCAAGCUUCAAUUAGUUCUUAAGAUAUUUUAUCUUUAUCUCCCAGUGCAAAGACUACAGCCAGCCAAUUCAGUCUUGGUCUCAAUUUCCUCGUCGAAAGAAUUUAACAAGUGAUGUACCCCGUCAUAAUCAACAGACUGGAUUCUACCUUCCAAACAAAGGUUUUAAAUCCUUCAGACAACCUAUCUCGUUCCCAGGUCCUCGGGUUGAUCGAUACCACUGGGUGAACACAAGGCGUUAACAUUAAGAUAUCGGUCUUGGCACAACACAGAAAAAGAAAAGAUGGCUUCCUCUUUUAAUCUAUGAAAUAAGC